AUGCGUCGUACGGGUCACGGCGUCUACAGCUUCAAAUGUUGUUUGUACCAAGGAACAAGUUGGCCCCACAUUUUGAACUGUCUAUUUGUAGCGUAUAUAGCUAAUUCCCCUAUCUUGUUUCGUCUUACGGGGCCACAACAACUAAAAAGCGAAGAGCUUGCAUUCGCUGUCACCUGUUCUCGCGCCCACGAUGUCUUGGAGGAGUUUAAUCAACACCCACUAUUAUAUCACCAACUCCGCCUGCACCGCCCCCACUCAUGGUUAUUUCAAGCCAACGGAGCACUACAACCCUUUCCAAACCGAUUUAGUAAAUUUAAACCACCCCUCUCCAUCCACCACACGCUCUACCCCUACACUUCCCCCGCCAAACUCACAAAAAUGGUCAAUCUGAAGCCCCUCCAAAAACCAAUCUCAGCAUCAUGGGAGCGUACCAUCACGCGCAAUGACUACAACAAAAUGCUGAAGGGUUUCCAACCCUCCGACAUGGAUCACAAGUGGGGCAUGCAAGCCGAUGCGCCCGACGCGCAGGGAAACAUCAACCUACACGCCUACAGAAGCUGGAUGUCAGAAAUCAUGUUUUCAAUCACUGUUGAAGUUGCAGAUCUCAAUAGCACAGAAGAUAAGGACUGGGCCAAGGUCGUCAAGAUAUCGUGGAAUGAGCAGCCGGGUGGUAUGAAGGUUAGCGAGGCGGAGGCAAAGGAAGAUAUGACCGACCUGUGCCGCAACCUUCUAAGCUGCAAGAUAUAGUGAUGGCUGGCGUUGGCUAUGAUCGCGCCAUUUACAUUUCUUUUAGGAGAUGUGCCGAAGGAUAUGGGUGAGUUGUACCCUUUGUACCGAGUCAUCUGCCAUUAAAUUCCCAUAUGGCGUGGUGUUUAGAUUCGCCAUUCAGUGAAACAGUUUUCGAUAGUGUCGCUAACCUUGUACCAGCAGUGUAGUAUAGGUGGCACAUUAGGAGUGAAUGAUGAGACUUGAGAUCGACUGAACACUUCGAUCUAUCGUUGCAACUAGUUUGAAGACAUAAAGAUGGUCUUUCGACUUCAAUGAAAUUUUGACGUUUCGUCUUAUGUCGUCUUACUCAUCGAAUUGCAAAUGUUCAGAGCCCUCUUGCAUGUUCCUGAGUUAAUAUGGGUAGCGAGAUAGCAGGCCAGUAGGAAUGAAACGACGUUUCGCAAAAGAUGGCCGACUUGUGCCGAAACAGCUACUCACAGAUUGAAGUGCGCUCUUUGGUCGAUCCCGCUAUAUCGUGGUACGUGUAUCUUGGAUCCCUUACUUAUUCCCCGACUAGGUGUAUUUCAUUUUUCUAAAGAUUGUCGUCAUGUGACUUGUAUACUUAAAGGCCCGAUGGAUGUUCACUAUAAGACACCCAUGCUCUUCCGGUUACAACAUCAGGGAACCGCUUCUCAAGGUCGUUUGACUGACUUUUUAGUUGCACGUCAAGACCUCAGCCUCCGAGCAGCUGUCAAUUGCCGUAGAUGCCAUCGGCUUCGGUUCUUUGUCCAAGUUGUCC